AGUGUGCGAGCGGCCAUUGAAGGGAAAGGAGCUGCGUGUUUCGCAGGAGGAGGAGGGAUCGGGGGUGGGGGGGGCUCUGGGCUGGGAGAGGAGCCGCGGCAGCAGCCUUAGCACCUGGGAGUUCCCAACUUUCAUUUGCACCGGCUCCUUUGGGUUGAUUUAGAGGAGGACGGGGCUCCUUCCUUUUUUAUACAUUGCCACCCCGUUUUGGGGGGUCCCUUCCUUUGGGUAAUAUUUUUUGUUUUGCGCUCCUCCCUCCACUUUUUUUGUUUUUUUGGAGAGGGGCUUUUCCGAAGCAGGGCCGGCGCGCAAAGGCGGGAGGGCGAUGGAGAUGAAGAAGCGCAUCAACCUGGAGAUGAGGAACCGGGCGCCCGAGAAGGUGAGAACAAACUCCAAAAUGAAAAUUUAAAAAAAAAUCCCUUAACCCUCCCCCCCCCCACGGAAUAUCCCAAGCGGCUCUCCGCCUCCCCUUAAUCCCUUUCUCUCUUUAAAUGGUGGGUUUCCCUCCUCCACGCUGCCUUCUUGGCGAGGCGAAAUCUCCAUUGCGCUAAAAGUGCGCGAUGAUGGGCGCAUUUGGAGAGGGCGCGUUGGACUCGAUCGCGCUUAUUUUUUUUCGCCAUGCUGGACUUCCUCUCCCGUUCUGCAAAAGGACAACUUGGGCUAAUUUAUCUCCUUUCUGUGGGGGGGCUGCGUAUCCGAUCCAAUGCAAAGUCUCCCCCAAAGGCGAGGUUUUAUUUUUCAAACGAUGGCAUCUGCUUGCUUUCGUGCUGGCGCUGGUUCCUUUCCACCCUCCCGGCGCUGCGCCUGGAAACCAGACCCCCAUCUCCGCCCGGUUUGUCUGUCUCUCUCUGCCCCUCUAAAACGGGGGUUUGCGUGGCGAGCUUAAGUAAAUUUGCCAACCGUGAUUGAAAGAGGACAUGGGGGGGUUAACUCUUCCGCUCCUGGCGCCGCCUUCUCCCCAUGAUGGGCGCAAAAGAAAAAGAAAUAGAAAUCUGGGUCAUGCUUCGGUGCCAUCUCUCCCCGCCCCAAAAGCGGUUAAUUAAAUAUAUAUCUAUGUACGUAACCGCCAAGCUAGGAGAGCGUGAAUUCCCCCCCCCCCCGGCAACGCGUAAGAAAAGAAAGUAUUUCCGAAUUAAAAGUUUUCCUCCCUCGCUUUCUUUGCAUUAGUUAACUGCUCUUCCGUCAAAUCUAGGUCACGCGUCCCCUUUCGCCGACGGUGGGGAAAAGGAUCGGGCUUUGGCUGGGUUGUGGCUUUUUUUGCAAAACAAAACUAGGGAGGGCCCCUUUGUUCUGUAACACCCCGAGGAAAUAUUCAGGAGAGCCCUUCUGGGAACCCCCCCUUUAAACUUUUUUUUUUAAAAAAAAUCCUGUUGUUAGAAGGGGGCAUUUAUUUAUGCGAGUUUAACUUGGCUGCGUAGAUUGCUUGCUUGAUAAACAAGUCGCUGGGCUUACGCCGAAUCCAUCUUAGUCCAACUACGCAGAUGCUUUUGGGCUUUCCUGUAGCCUUGCACAAAAAAGCGAUGGGGGAGGAUUUUAAUUUUUUUUUUAAUGCUACCCGCGCCCUUUUUAAACGAGGCAUUUUUGACGCACUAAGAACUGAAGCCUCGUCUUUAUUUUUAAUUAUUCGUGUCUUGCCCAACCCUUUCCUCGGGUGCCGUUCUGCCCUGCUCUCGGAAAGAGAGCACAUGGCUGGCGUCAUAUGCCCCCCCCCCCCCCGGCUCGCUUCCCUGUGCAAGCUCGCUCCCCUAAUGGUUCCAGAAGAUAAGGCGAUUGCGUUGUGGCUGAGUCCCUUUUGCUCCGCGCUGGGGGUGGGUGGGUGGGGAUGAGACAAAAGCGCCCGCCUUCUUCCCUCCGCCCUCUCUAAAAGCUAAGGUUCAUGGCAGGAGUUCGCAGAGAACAGCCUUGCCAGAGAGGGAGGGAGAGAGAGGCUGGUAACUUCCUCCGCCCCAUAAUGUCUCUUCCGUGGAAGUGCUGGUGUCAAAAGAGUAUUACAGGUAACGCAGCAUGGCCUGGUUUGCUCCAAGCUCACUCGCAGCCACAGAGAAAGCAGCAAAGAGAACGGGAUGUGGUGGCUGCCCCAAGCCAUAAAUGUACCCAAACUGGUUGCAAAUAUUUCCCCUUUUGUGCCUUCCGGUUCAUAAUGGAUAGGGGCAGUCCUGGGUGUUACAGCCCCCCAAAAGGCUUAGCACAGAAGUCUCGGGUGUUUUCUUUGCACCCCGCCUUUGCUUGGAUAUGGGGCUGGGGGAAACCACCUGGGUAUAGAGGCUGGGGCUGGGGGAACUUGUUUUUUAGAUUUUCUCCCAGCUGCUUCUCACAAAAUGUGUGUGGACUUUCUGACGGGUUGCAGCGUUUGGGGCUUUUCAGUUUAGAGAAGAGGCAAGUAAGAGGUGACAUGGUGGAAUUGUAUAGAAUUAUGCAUAAUGUUGAGGAAGUGGAUAGGGAAAAGUUUUUCUCCCUAUCAUGUGGAUACCCUGUGAAGGUUCGGGAUAAAAGCAUGCACGUUUUGUGAACUGCCCUGAGAUCUUGCGAUGAAGGGCUGGGCAUAUAUCUAAUAAAUAAUAAAGUAACAAGGACGUAGUUAAACUGUGGAACUCACUCCCACAGGAGGCAGUAAUGGCCACCAGCACGGAUGGCUUCAAAUGAGGAUUGGCAAGUUUUUGGAGAAGGAUCAGGCUAUGGGUGGCUAUUAGCCAUGCACAAUCGGAGGCGGGGAUGCUUCUGGAAGCCGCAGGAGGUGGGGGGAAGAGUGUUGCUUUUGUGCUUGAUUCCAGCUUGCGGGCUUCCCACAGACAUCCAGUUGGCCAUUGUGAGAACAGACUAGAUGGGCAACUGGCCUGAUGCAGCAGGCUCUUAUGUUCUUAUGAAAUAUGUCAAAUUCACUUGUUGUGAACAAAGAUCACAAUUUGCUUUCUGCUGGGGCUGGGGCAGCGGUGGCCUGGCUAAACUUCAGUUUAUAAUUCCACUGCCAUGUGUUGUUUCAAAGAGCAGAGUCAACCCCCUUGUGGCCUUUUCCAAUUCCCUGCUGCUCAACUCACGACUCUCUGGCUCCAGCAGAUGUUCCUGCAUUUAGGUCAGGACAAACACUUGCUCUGUCUCGCCCCUUUUGCAGUUGAUUGGCAGGAGGGAAAGUCUUCCUUCCCUUCCUCCCUGCUCCUUGCAGGUUAAGCCUUGAAGAGCUAACAGCUCCUGUGGCAUUUAGUAAUGCAAAGCAACUCUGCGUUGUUGAGAGUACUGUACUGUAAAGACAAAAAGUAACCCAGGUGUUGUUUUAAACUUGACUAAAUUGUGCAUUUCUGGUUUCUUGAAGAGCGGUGGGUGGGAAUGAAUCAAGCUUGUUCCAAAAAUGUUGUUGUCUCUUUUCAGUACAGUGGAACCACGGCUUGCGAACGUGAUCCGUACGGGAGGCACGUUCGCAACCCGCAGCGCCGCGUCUGCCUACGUGCGUGAUGCGAUUCGGCGCUUCUGCACAUGCGCAAGCGCCAAAACCCAGAAGUAACCCGUUCCGGGUCUUCGAGGUUUUGGCGCGUCUGUAACCCAAAAAUGCGCAACCUGAUGUAGCACUCGUUGCAUGUACUUUGGCUAAAUUUUAUCCUUGAGUGGACCCACUGAAAUUAAUGAACUUGAGUCUUCAUGGAGGAGAGGGUUGUUGAUGGCUGCAAGUCAUGAUGGCUAUGUUUUGCCUCCAGUCAGGCAGAAAUGUUUCUGAAUACCAGGAGGAGAGAGCACUCUUGUGCUCGGGUCCUGUUCGUGGGUUCGCAUUUGGGGUAUCUGGGUGAGUGGGAUGCUGGACUAGGAUGUGCCAUAGGCCUGAUCCAGAAGGCUCUUCUUUUGUUCUUAAUUUCAACAGGUCUGUGAGUAAAAGUUAGUUGAGCAACACCCAUAAUAUCUGUUCGAAUGUGACAGGGAGCAUAGGUCUUUCUUCAGCUUGAAGUUGACUUGUGUCCUGUUUUUGUAGGUGGCUGAGCUGGUUCUGGACAAUUGCCGGUCUAGCAAUGGCGAAAUCGAAGGUCUGAAUGACACAUUUAAAGAGCUAGAGUUUCUCAGCAUGGCCAACGUGGAGCUGUCAUCACUCGCCAAGCUCCCCACUUUGACUAAGCUUCGAAAGGUGAGUAUUGACCAGAAAGCAACAAUGAGUUAGUUCUGUUUGGCCAGUGGGUUGCAAGCGCAUAGGAUUAGCUCCCUAAAUCCUUGGGUAUAUUUAGCCCAUUCCUGUUGAGCUCAGUUAGCGACACUGCUUGCAUAGAAGGAGUGCGGGUCCUGUCGGCUCGUCUAUGAAUUUAGGUCUCUCCAGGCCUGCUCUUGACGCUAUCCUAGCCUCCUUGAGCAUAGUGCUGCUGGCUGCGGCUGGUGGGAGUUGUGGUCGAGGACAUUUUGAGGACACUGUGUUGCUCUCAAUUGCAUGUCUAUAUUUUGGGGUGUUUUUCCAGGCAAUAUCCUUUUUUAAACAUGUUUGCACAUGACUUUUUAUUUUUCAUUUAUUUCAUAAAAAUUGUAUACCGCUUGACAGUGAAAAAAAAUAUUGCAGCGGUUUACAGAAAUUAUCAAUAGAAAAAAAUAGUAAUAAUUUAAUACUUUUGAAAAGUUAAGAACAAUAGACUAAGAACAGAUUGAAACUCACAGCAAAAGCAACUGCCUGAUAGCAAUGGGAAGAGAGUUCCAAGGUUUAAAGGGAUUAAAUUUACCUUCAUUGUUUCUUAUAUUCGUGUACAUUCAAAAACAGCCCUGUGGAGAUGGGUUAAGCGGAGGAGGAACAACCUGUCCACUCCAGCAAGCUUCAUGGCUGAGCAGAGAUUGUUACAGUUAAGCUUGCAGGGAAAUGAUUGUAUACUUGUAGGUUAGGUGCAAACUUGGAUAAUGAUGUGAGGAAGAUUAUUAGAACUGGUAUUCUUGUCUGGCUCUGAAGAAGUCAAAAUGCAUCUAAAAAAAGGUUUGUUUAGAUUCCUAGAGCUGCAUGGUUUUACUAAAAUACGGACAUGGGAAAAGUUGGAAAACAUCUGCCUAAUCAUAUGAUACUUUUCUGCAUCGUAGCUGGAACUGAGCGAUAAUCUAAUUUCCGGAGGCCUGGAAGUCCUGGCAGAGAGAUGUCCAAAUCUCACAUACCUAAAUCUGAGUGGUAAUAAAAUCAAAGAUCUCAGCACCGUGGAAGCCCUUGUAAGUAUAAAGCGGCAUUUAUACAAAGUAGUCCCGAUUUCAUAUUUACUUAGAAAUCAGUGCUGCUGUGUCCACUGGAGCAUACUCAAAACUGGCAGCUUUGCGUAGGAUUGCAGUGUUUAGAAGCCUGGAAUAAUUUCAGCCCAGCAUUGCUGGACAGGGUAACUAGAUGGCAUGACUGCAUAAUAGGUGUUGGUAAAUGUUUCUCUGCUUGUAACCAGGUAUAUAAAGGCACAAAUCUCAUAAGCUGAGUUUAAAGCACAAUGCUAAAGCAAGUCGGCAUAAUUUAUAAAGGACAGUCUAGAUGUCUUUAGAGGUUCGUAUUCUGGACAGGAGACAGACAGAUCAGCUUUAAGAAGGGUAGCUGCGACUAUUUUGCAUGUUGUUGCGCAGUUUGCAUGGAGUGGUUAAAUCAGUUUUGCCUCCAUCAAACUGGAGCCUGGAACUUGUAACUCCACCUUCGUAGUAGAGCUCUUUUGCCAACAACUGUUUCCCUACGUGAAUAAAUUAUUAAGAGCACUGAAGGAAUGUAUUGACUGCCUCUCCCUAUGUAAACCCACCAGCACCCUGCAAUCAUCCUCUGAGGUCCUUCUUCAUGUGGACCCUCCACGGUGGGUCCAGAGGGUGGCAACAUGAGAACGGGCCUUUUCUGCGGUGGCUCCCCAUUUGAGGAAUGCUCUCCCCAGGAAGGCACAUUUGUUGCAUACCUUUAGAUGCCAAGCAAAAACAUUCCGCUUCUCCCAGACCUUUAGCUAAGUAAUCAAUCUAUGGCCUUUAAGCUGUGUAGGGGGUUUAAUUGUUUUUGUUCGUUACUAUGGUAUGUAUUUUUGUGUUUUCAUAUUGCAAACUGCCCUGUGAACCUCUUACGAAGGGCGGUGUAGAAAUUUAAUAAAUAAUGAUGGUAAAUGUUGUAGAAGUGUUCAAAACAGAGUCAUCUACCCAGAAUCAUGACUUAAAUAUAUAGGGAAGUCUUUAUAUCUCUAUUAUUAUCUUCCCUACUGGGUUGUGGAAACCACUAUUCUGAUAAAUGCUUUUUAUAGAGUAGAGGGCACUGGGGAUGAGUUUAUAGGUCCAAGGGGGCAGUGGCCAAUUUUUUGGAGGAAACCACCGUUCUAGCUCAGUGGUAGGGUUACAGUUAGAAAAUUCACUGAUGUUUGCCUGCUUAUGUUUGUAAGUCAUGUUAGUUUGUGGAGUUGUGGGGUGUGUGUAUAUAAAAUAAACAACAAUCCAACCCACGCUUGCUUGGAAGUAAGUUAAUUAGGGCUAAUUCCUAGAUUGCAGAUGUAAUGUUACAGACUGGGCUACCAACAUUUGUGCAGAGUUGGCAGGCCUAAUAAUGAAGCAUCUAAAGGUGUCGUUAAAAGGUGUUUUCUGUUGACGUAGAAAUCUAAUGUGCCGUUCUGUUCUUUUCAGCAAAAUCUUAAGAAUUUGAAGAGUCUUGAUUUGUUUAACUGUGAGAUCACAAACCUGGAGGAUUACAGAGAAAGCGUGUUUGACUUGCUCCAGCAAAUUACGUAUCUAGAUGGGUUUGAUCAGGAGGAUAACGAGGCCCCCGACUCAGAAGAUGAAGAGGAUGAAGGUAACUCUUUGUAAACAUGUCUGGUGAUUAGUUAUUAUACCCUUUCUAGGUUGGAUAUCAAGUCACAGGCUUGGAGCAAAUGGCAUGUCAAUUGUGUGGUCUAACAUUCACUGUUCACACUAUACUUUUUAUAUAUGUGCCAAAAAGACUUACAGUGCACAGCAAAACAUAAAUGUCACGUAAAGAAUACAUUUUGAUGUUUUUUUUUUAAAAAAUGUUUGCUAUGUAUAACAUUGUAUGAGCCACUCGUAUAUUCGGUUUUGUUCCUAGAAUCGCUGUUCUAACGUCUGGAAAAGAGCUAACAUUUGAUUGGAUGUUGAACUGAUCUAUACAUUCCAAAAAAAAUUGUACGUGUUAUAGUCCUCCUGGGAAUGCAGGUGGAGAAUCACGUUUUGAAAUGUUGCCCCCCCCCCAAAAAAAACCACACACAUAGGGAUGAAGGCUAAACGAAAAUCCUCCUUGACACGAUAGCACAGGUGGGGACGUUCUUGAGCAUCCAAGCCUGCAAACUACUGCGAUGCAUUCAGAAGUAGUCAUGUCCCAGGAGGACUGUACCAUGUGCUUGUUUUUUGAGUCUGUGGGUUUGAACCUGUAAAUUCUGUGUCAGCACGUGCCGUGUGCAUCUCAUUAGCGUUAGCUUUCCUUCAGAUGGGGAUGAAGAUGAGGAUGAAGAAGAUGAGGACAAAGCUGGUCCCCCAGGAGAAUAUGAAGAGAAUGAUGAGGAAGACGACGAUGGCUCAGACUUAGGGGAGGGUGAAGGUGAAGACGAGGAGGAUGAGGAAGAAGUGGGCCUCUCGUACUUAAUGAAAGAAGAGAUUCAGGUAAGUUUUAUGCUCUUCCUCCCCUCUCAAGUUCCAAACAUUCAACCUAGAUAUUGGUGCAUGCUGUGCAAAAAAGAGUAUAUUUUGUCCACGCCAUGCUCCCAUAGACAGCACAGAAAUCAUGGAAAUUGUAUAAAUGUGCCGGCAUAUAUAUUCUUAAAGCAAAAGCUGUGGUUUGAGAUCUUGGACUCUAGCCUAUUUUGCGAGAGAAUGCUGCUGAUGGGACUGUUCAAAAUAAAUCAACCAAGCUGCGAAUGACAGAAGACUAAAAGUAAUGUUGCUAGGAUUAGACCAAGGAACCUUAGGAAACAGGUAAAGAUUCAUCAGAGGAAGAUGGGAAUAAGUGCAUAAUCCCAUGGCUGAGAAAUUAUCGUUAUAGAACUCAGGGACUGUUGUUUUGCAUGAAAAAUGUACCCACAUCUUAAAAUGUACUUUAUAGAUCCCGAAAGAACCAGAGUUUUCUUUAUUGGGGGCUCAGCACCACAAAUGGUGCAGAUGUGUGAAGGGUAUAUGAAUCCUAGUGGGAAAUGAAAUGGCUGAGGACAAGUUAGUUAGAAGUCCCAAGAGUACAAACUGAGAACAAGAUAAGCAAAUGAGCAGUGAAACACGAAGGCAAGAUACUUGACUUGGUUCUGGCUAUAUGUUGCUGAGGUGCAUGUCAAGGCAGGUCGAAGACACUGGCUAUAUUCUCCCUGCACACCAGAGAAAUCCUGCAAUUCAGUAGCAAACAGUUUGGCCAUUGCAUAUUAUUUUUGUAAUCGGCUUCUCCAAAUUGUAAAAAUUUAAGAACAUAAGAUGAGCUGGCUGGAUCAGGCCAAUGGCCUAUCUAGUCUCUUCUGUUGUGAAGACAGAUGCAAAGAAUUCAUUCAGCUUCUACACAGAUUCCUUCUCCUCCUUUCACUCCCUUGUCAGCCAAGGGUCCAACCACCUCCCUAGAGGGUUUCCUGCUACUAAUAUAUUUAAAAAACUUAUUAUUGGUAGUUUUAAUGUUUUUAGCAAUGUUUUCCUUUUUUUAUCAUCCCUUACUGUCUGCUUGCACUUUUUUUUUUUUUUUUUUGCCAAAGUUUGUGUUCCUUUUUAUUCUCUAUAUUUGGACAAGACUUUGGUUUUUUGAAGGACGCCUUCUUGCCUCUAAAAGCUUCUUUGACUGCUUGAUGCCAGCAUCUUGGCCCUUGUGGUACCUUUCGUGACCUGUGAUAUACACCUCAACUGAGUUUCUAAUAGUGUGUUCUUAAACAACUCCCAAGCAUUUUGGAAUGAGUUGACCCUCUUGACUUAGCUGUUUUUGACUUUUGCCUUAGUUGAGCACAGAGAAAUUUGGCUUUGCUUUUUAUAGAAUGCAACAGUCUGGGAAUGCCAUGUUUUGCAGCCUUAUUAGAGUAUGAUUAGGAGUAUUGGUUUCACUUUGUAAAUCAUACUGAACUUCUGAGACCAUCAACUUCUUUCCCUCUUAAGGAUGAAGAAGAUGAUGAUGAUUAUGUAGAGGAGAAGGAGAAUGAAGAAGAAGAAGGUAAGUUUCAUAUUCAACUGAAUGUGAAUAAAGUUGCAUUUUAAUUCUUAAAACAUCUGAAACUUCCUAAUUUGGAUCCAAAAGGUUCCUUUCCUCAGGCUUGAAAGAGCUACAUUCCAUUAGAGGAAGGGGACCUGAACCCAACAUAAGUUGAAUUUAUACUUGGUUGAUGUAAAUCAGAGGAGGGAAGCCUUUGGCCCUUCAGAAGUUGUGAGGUUGCAACUCCCAUCAUCAUCAUCCCAGGCCAUUGGCUAUGCUAGCUGAUGGGAGCUGAGAACAUCUGAAGGACCAUAGGUUUGCCAUCUCUGCCUUAAAUAGCUGAUAAUUUUUUUGCAACCUAUAUUUAGGUUUUAUAAAGUUGCUACAGCUGGACUAUAUUUUUCUAAGAGGUUGUAAGUUGGUGCAAUCAAAUGGAAGUGUUAAAUUAGUGUUUUCCUUUCUGUAACAUCCAGCUUUCAUUCCAUAAUUUUUCCACAGCAGAAGGGGAUUUCUGGGAGAGAUUUUUCUGUGGUCCACUAGAAAUAGCCUCCUUUUAUUACUGAAGUGCUUAUCUUCCCGUACAGCAAAAGACAAGAGCUGAAAUAGACUUCAGUACAUGACUCAUUAGCCACAUAAGACGUUGCCCUGAAGACUUCAUAGAUUCUCCCAUUGUCUGUCCAGAUGAUGCUGGAAAAACAGGGGUUGUGGGGUUGUUUCGUACCUGACAGGUCACCAUACAGCCAAUGUCCCGCUUUUGAGGUUGUUUAGUUUUGUCUUGGGGUGUAUCUACACUAUAAACCAAGGCACCCAGGUUAUCAGCCCACAAAAUUUGGGGAAUUGAUUUGGGUGAAGGUUUCUAGUGAAGACUUCUCAGCAGCCCUUAACCUCUGUUUCAUGGACUGUUUUGGGGGGGGGGGGGAGACUAACAAUACCGUAAUUGAUUCAUUGCCUUUAGGAAAACAUCUGAUCUGUAUUUUUUUAUAUACUUAAAAUAGAAGGAGGUAAUAUGCCAGUUGCUCUGAUACAUUGAACAGUUGAUGGCUCAGACUACGCAUAAUUUCUUCUUUCUGUUCAGCCAAUUUCAUGUCGAGGUAUUUGUUUUGUGUUUGAUAAACUAGGUGUAAGUGUCCAGAAGAGGUAGAAAUGAGGCAGUGUGUGUGACAUGCUGUAGUGUGCUUAAAGGUAAAGGGACCCCUGACCGUUAGGUUCAGUCGUGAAAGACUCUGGGGUUGCGGUGCUCAUCUCGCUUUACUGGCCGAGGGAGCCGGCGUUUGUCCGCAGACAGUUUUUCUGGGUCAUGUGGCCAGCAUCACUAAGUCACUUCUGGCAAACCAGAGCAACACAUGGAAACACGUUUACCUUCCCGUUGGAGCUUUACCUAUUUAUCUACUUGCACUUGCACUCUGACGUGCUUUCAGACUGCUAGGUUGGCAGGAGCUGGGACCAAGCAACAGGAGCUCACCCCGUCGCGGGGAUCAGCAAGCCCUAGGCUCUUUGGUUUAGACCACAGCACCACCCGCGUCCCUGUAGUGUGCUUAGCCUUAGCUUUAACAUCAGUGAACAUUCUCCUUUCCUUUUUGCAGCGGAAGGCGUCAGAGGGGAGAAGAGAAAACGUGCAGCAGAAGAUGAGGGAGACGAUGACGACGAUUAAGUUGUAGGGGAAAAAAAUAGGACCAGAUGCAUUUUUUGUUGCAGGAUACACAAUAGCGAUAUGCAGACUUGUAUGUCUCCAUGUAUCCUAGGUAUCCCUACAGAAGAUAUUAAUGUGUUAACUUUUUAUAGGAAGUGUGUUUUUACUAUUUUUGCCCUUUUUAUCAUUCCAACUAAGACAUAAUAGCCCACUCUGGAUCAUGUGCAGAGAGAACACUGUUUCAUCCCUUUUUAAUCACUGAACCAGUUGUCUCCCCCCCCCUCCACCUCCCCUAGAAACAUUUUUCUCCAGAUUCCCCCCCUAUUUUUAUGUGAGCAUGCUGUUAGUUCUAGUAACAGUUAAAGCAAAACAUUUAACUAAUUUAAUCCAGACUUUUAAAGAUUGUACACUGAAUUAAGAUCCACUGCAGUGCGAUAAUCCAGCUUUUCCUUAGAGAGGCUUAUAUAUGAGGUGAACCAAAGGCUGCAUGAAGUCAAGAAUUUGGAUAAUAGCAAUUGGUUUAUUUUAAAAGGGCAUCUGAAGAAUGCACAAACAGGUGAAGUCUUUGCUCUUCUGCUUUCUCAUACACUUUAUAUAGACACACACACCCCUUUCCAUUUUUUUAAAAAAAAAAUCUAUGUAACUAUGGAAAGCAUGGGAUCAGCUCUCUUGAGUCAAACCUUUUCCAUAAGAAUGUAAGAAGAGACCUACAGAAUCAGGCCCUAGGCCCAUCCUUUACUCGCUGUUGAGAAAAGACUCCCACAGGAGGCAGUGAUGGCCACCAACCCGGAUGGCUUUCAAAGAGCGUUAGACAAAUUCACAGAAGAUAUAAAGCUCUGUCCUACCUCCACUGUUGGGGACAGAAUGCCUCUGUAUGCCAGCUGUUGGGAAUCACAAAUGGGGAGAAUGCUGUUCUGCUUGUGGGCUUCCCAUAGGCAUUUGGUUCUCCACUGAACUGGACUUGGCUUUGGCCCGAUUGAGCAGAGCUCUUUGGAAAAGGCGAGACCCAAAACGCUUAAGAGAGAAAACAAAACCAACAUUUCAUUAACACCCACACCAGUAACCUGGAAAUGCUUACUUAAAAGUUCUUUCAAGUUUGCUGUUUCCUUUGUGUUAUCUUUCUGAUCAUUAGAAGAUGAAAACAGGAUUCAUAUUUCUGGUGCAAAUUCUAGACGCCUCCCCCCUCCCUUUGUUUUUAUUUUUAAACCCUGAAGCUUUUCAGGCUUUCAUUAAAAUAUAUACAUAGUAGAGGCACAUUUCUUUAUAUGUCACCUUUCAAGGGAACAGUUGGCAGGUAGACUAAGCCAUGUGGCGAGGCCUAGAGCACAUUUGGGGUGGGGAGGGUGGGCAAGCAGCUUACUUCUGGGAAAGGGUCACUGAAAUGCCUUGCUGUUUCCCUGCCCUCGGUGAAGCUUGCAGUGAGGUUGGCUGUUGUCAAAAGGUGUCCUGAAAAGGGCUGUGGUGGAUCAACCUUGCAAUUGUCUGCAUGCUAACCUUAAGCUGAUGACAGGCCUGCAGUUGCUUCCCUUAGAAGUGCAGGUCAUGCUGUGGGAAAACAUUUGGGCAAGAAUCCUUCAGAAAUUUGUUCCGCAAAGCAAAGACAAUGAGCCUUGGGCUGGCAACAAAACUGGUUUUUAUGGAUCUUCUUUGCAGAUUGCUUUUUAACAACAAAAAACAGCAAACGGCAUACUGGGCUCUUGAGAACUCCUGCUGUUCUUACUUAAACGAUAGACUAACUUGGAUUGUUAAAUAUUUUACCCAAAUAGUAACACACAGCUGUAUUCCAGAGAUACUAUUUUUUUAUUAUCUGUCCUGCUUAGGAGAAGCUGUCGCUAAUGUGGUUUUAGAUAAAAAGGGGUAUUUUUACAUAGAUGGAUGGGAGUUGCCCCUCCCCUUACUACAGUUGCCUGUGAAUAUAAAUAACACAUUAGACACACGUUCUGACAUGUUUAGUAUGUGACAUUGGACUCUUAAGUUUUGAUGACACUGCAUUUGAGAAGCUCUGCGAAACAGUAUUUCUCUCCCCCGCCCCCCAGAAAUAUUCACAGCUAACUCUAAAGAGGCAUUUGAACAGAAGGAAAUGCAAAAAGGCAUUUCAAUAGGAAGACUUGGAUUUUUAAAAAAUGACUUAGCUGAAAGGACUUGGUAAAGCUUUAUUCCAAUCCUGUUACAUUUGUGUAUGAAUGAAUCUUAGAAACUUUUAAAAAGCGUAUACUGUUGUCCUGCUGGUUCUGUGUUUAAAAACAGUUACUUUGUAUUCAUUCAGAUUCCCCCUCACCUUUCCAUAUACCCUUUUGUUUUUAAUUUAGUUAGGCUCGGCAAAUAAUAAAACCCUUCCAUUACAAAGAGAGUAUUUAAAUGUUGGGUCUGGCUUGUACUAAUCCAUUGCACAUGUAAGGUUUUCUGGCUACAGUACUAUCUGAGCUGUGGUUGACACCACAGAACAACUGAGCAGCCAUCUUAACCCAAUUCAUCUCAAUGGGAGUAGAUUUCCUUAUGCAGGAAAUCUGCCUUCUGCUCCAGUUUCAUAUUUUAAAAUUAGUGGUUGAGGGAUCUCUCAAGUGUGCAUCAAACUCCUGCACUGGUUCAAAAACAUGAAUGGCCGAAUCAGUGAUUUUUAGAAGAUUCCCCCCCCCCAAGUUACCUUCAAUGAAUGACUACUACUAGUCUGUAUUUGACCAUUUAAAAGGCUGAAAGGUGGUUUUGUGUGUUAUUUUUUUUACAUAGGAGUAAAAUGAAACCAAGCGCACCAGCAUGGUUAUACAUAGUAUGUAUUUCAAUAGUUUUACAUCUUCUCUAAGGAUCUUUUAUGUAGUAAACGUAACAACCAGCUAACUACAUUGCCACAGUUUUGAGUUGUCAGCUUUAGUGUGUGAGCAAAAUAGAACUUUUUCUUCUUUUUAAAACGGGUGGGGGGUGAGUAUUACAGAGCCUCUGGAUAACUUUUUUUUUUUUUUGGCUUGGUGGGUUCUUUAAUGAAAAUACGUAAGGGUGGGUUUUAUAUUUUGUAGCAAUUUUGUCCUAUUUGGAUGCUCUUUAUAUGGCAGUAUGUAUAUAGUGUGUUCGAUUCCUUUUCAAAUUCUAAAGAGAGAGAAAAAAGACACAAACUUGGAGGUAAUUGGUUUUUGUGCAACUGUGUUUUGGGAGGGGGAGAAAAAGCCAUGACAGUGUUAAAUAAAUACCUACAGCACACUUCUGAUGGAUUUUAGUUGUAACAGAAUGUGAGUGUUCCUCCUGCCCUCCUCCCCGCCCCCCCGUGUGAUGUAAAUUUUAAAUUAAAGAUUUUCAAUCUGAAAAUGUGAGGAUUUGUUAUUGGGGGGGGUAGUCUGAACUUCUUGGAAGUAAAAUUACUGUUUUGAAAACUU